UCUUCCCGCCCUAGCCUGACGAGGCGAAGGUUUUCUUACCUGGCGACAGAGACAGCUCCCCAGCCGAGCUUAGCUUUUCCGGAGCCCCAAGUGUGACCUGAGCAGGGGGCAAGGGAGCGGUGUGCAGGCUGGGCUAUUUUUAUGAGGGUACCCUGAAACGCCUCACUUUCCCUGGGAACUUUCUGUACCAGGACCCAGUGACGAGCGGUUGGGAGGCAGCUCCAGGAACCAACCACUAUAGAGCAGGGCAGUUGGGCAGUCAUUGGCAUCCUCGCUCAUUCAUUAGAAUCACGUAAGAACUCAAAAGGAAACGUGUCUCUCCGAGUGAGGACGUUUGCGUAAAUCUAUAGGUUUUUCCACAUCGAUGCCAGUUGCUUUGUCUUCUGUAGUCGCCAAGGUGGUUGAGAGUUUAAGCUUGCGGAUAUUGCAAAGGGUUAUUAGAUUCAUAAGUCACACCAAGUGGUGGGCGAUCCACUGAGCAAAGCCGAACUUCUCACAUGAUGACUUCAAACAAGACACAUUACCUUCCAGCAUCUGUUGGGGAGACGGGAUUUUAAGACACUUGAGUCUCCAGGACAGCAAAGGCACAAUGUUCCACCAGGUGCGAAGAGUGAUGACCAUCCUUUUCCUUACUAUGGUUAUUUCAUACUUCGGUUGCAUGAAGGCUGCCCCCAUGAAAGAAGCGAGCGUCCGAGGACAAGGCAGCUUGGCCUACCCAGGUGCGCGGACCCAUGGGACUCUGGACAGCGUGAAUGGGCCCAAGGCAGGUUCCAGAGGCCUGACGUCUUUGGCUGACACUUUCGAGCACGUGAUCGAAGAGCUGCUGGAUGAGGACCCGAAAGCCCGGCCCCAGGAAGAAAACAAUAAGGACGCGGACAUGUACACGUCCAGGGUGAUGCUCAGUAGUCAAGUGCCUUUGGAGCCGCCUCUUCUCUUUCUGCUCGAGGAAUACAAAAAUUACCUGGAUGCUGCGAACAUGUCCAUGAGGGUCCGGCGCCACUCCGACCCGGCCCGCCGCGGGGAGCUGAGCGUGUGCGACAGCAUUAGCGAGUGGGUCACGGCCGCGGAUAAAAAGACUGCAGUGGACAUGUCGGGCGGGACAGUCACGGUCCUGGAAAAAGUCCCUGUCUCGAAAGGCCAGCUGAAGCAGUACUUCUACGAGACCAAGUGCAAUCCCAUGGGUUACACAAAGGAGGGCUGCAGGGGCAUAGACAAGAGGCAUUGGAACUCCCAGUGCCGAACUACCCAGUCGUAUGUGCGGGCCCUCACCAUGGAUAGCAAAAAGCGAAUUGGCUGGCGAUUCAUAAGGAUAGACACUUCCUGUGUAUGUACACUGACCAUUAAAAGGGGAAGAUAGUGGCUUUAUGUUGUAUAGAUUAUAUUGAGACAAAAAAUUAUCUAUUUGUAUAUAUACAUAACAGGGUAAAUUAUUCAGUUAAGAAAAAAAAAUAAUUUUAUGAACUGCAUGUAUAAAUGAAGUUUAUACAGUACCGUGGUUCUACAAUCUAUUUAUUGGACAUACCCAUGACCAGAAGGGAAACAGUCAUUUUGCGCACAACUUUUCAAAGUCUGCAUUACAUUCCUCGAUCAUGUUGUGGUUUGUUGCCGUUGCCAAGAAUUGAAAAACGUAAAAAGUUUUAAAAAGAUAAUAAUAAAUUGCAUGCUGCUUUAAUUGUGAAUUGAUAAUAAACUGUCCUCUUUCAGAAAACAGACAAAACAAAACAAAACAAAAACCGACAACAAAAAUUUGAACCAAAACAUUCCGUUUACAUUUUAGACAGUAAGUAUCUUCAUUCUUGUUAGUACUCUGUUUUACUGCUUUUAAAAUUCUGGUAGCAUUGGAAUUAAAACAAUGUCAAGGUGC